AUGAACCAUACCCGCAACCUAGCCCUUCUGUUAUACGACAAGCAGUUCAAGGCUGUGUCGAGGGCUGAGGCCAACCUGCCCGGCCCGGGGUGGGUAUACAACUCAUCCAAUGACCGGGGCAAGCUGGUGUGGACCCGUCUCAGCAAAAAGCACCACGAUCGCAUGCAAGAUGUCAUGUACACCAUGAUCAAGCUAGGCAAGAAGGCUGUGCGCGAGCGCUGGAGCCGGCAACAGCUCACGGCCAGAAUGAACCUUUGCCUUGUGCGCUUCAAGAUGAACACGAGGCACUGGGUCAAGUCACCUAAGUGGCAGGCUACGCUGGUGCUGUAA